GCUGAGGAAGUGAACAGUGAGGCGAGGCAGGGGCCCUGAAGGGGUGUCCAAAAGCCCCUUAAAGGCUUAAUCCAUGUCCAUUAACCACCCCUUAUGGGGCUUUGCAAGGGCCUUCAGAGUUGGUUGACCACAUAUUGCAGGGCGAUGACAGUUUGUGUUUUAGGUGUUCGCUGCUGCGGCAGGGUGCAUCACAACCACAGGAGGGUUGGUAUAGUUCAUGACCACAUGUGGUUUACAUUAUAUUGGUGGAUUGAUGUGGGCCUCACAUUAUCAGCAUGAGGAUGUCGCCUGGCAGGAAUUCCCUGCUCUCCUUGAAGGACUUCAAGGCAUAUGAGCACACUGGUGGUGGUGGGGUACUCGGUUUCCAGUCUGCUGAUGGCAUGCAGUACACGACAGUGGCCUAUGGUCUCCGCCAGCCGGGCCAGUGGAUCCUGUCCAGCGAGGAAGAUCUCAUCACCCGGGACAUUCAUCCAAACUACACCUUCAAUGACGUGGGGCAAGUGGUUCACAUUGCCUUGACAAAGCAGAAGGUCGGUGGCACCAGCACUCAACGGUUGAUCCAGUACUCCUUGUAUCGGAAUGGCCUCACGUACGGUGAGCCCUACAGUGUGUGGGAGCCGAUCAACAGGAUGAACGGCCCCAACACUGUGCGCGUGGUUCUGGGCGUGCGCAGUUCUGCGCACUAUCCGGUGCCUGCAGAAGCGCCAGGACCUUUGGACAUUGAUCCGCGGAAGGAUGUCAUCCAUGGAGUCAGCCACUCUCCAUUCUUUGAAGGCUGGAUCUACAAUGUCACCCUCUUCAAAAACGCCUUGGUAGCGGAGGAGGUGCGAGGCCUCUAUGAGGUACAUGCUCAGGGAGGACAGGAGGUGGGCUGCCACUGCUACGACGCCUGUCCAACAGGUGCAAACCGGUUCUUUCCCAAUGUGCAGGUGCCCUGUUCCGGACAGGGCGCUUGCUUGCGCACCAGUGGCCAAGCCUUCUCCUUCGGACGCUGUGAAUGUCAUCCUGGCUACUCGGGCAGUGCGUGUGAGCAUCAUUGUUCUGAGCUCUCCAUCUACGGCUGCUGCGAGGUGGACGAUGAUUGCCCCACGGGGAUCGUGUGCAAUUUGGCCUCCCAUGCUUGCAGUGAGUGAGCUGGGUGGUUGGUCGACUUUCGCUGAGAAGACGUCAAAGACGUUCAGCAGUCGACGGAUAACGAUCUUGCACCCAUCCAGUCUCCCUGGAAUCCAAUUCAUGGUUUUUCCUUUGUGAGCAAGUCUCGGC